AGCCCCCUUCACAUACACUGACCAGCCAGCAGACCGGCGCUGCUCCACAUCAGCACCGCGCAGGCAGCUCAGCUGCAUCCCAUGCCCUCAGUUUCUCCGGGACAGCGCACCGUCUACCAGCCGUCCGUCCGUUCAGCGAGACGCCCAGCAGACGGGGAGUCUGCAGCAUUCGGCUGAACAUGCUGGAAAACGGGAGGAAGGUGUUCAAGGAGGGUCUACUGGAGAAGCGCAGCGACGGGCUGCUGCAGCUGUGGAAGAAGAAGCGCUGCGUCCUGACCGAGGACGGUGUGCUGCUGCUGCCGCCCAAGCAGCUCGAUCACCCGCAGCAGCAGCAGCACCACGGAGUAGGCGGCGGGGACUCGGGCAAAGUCAAGGAGCUGCACUUCGCUAACAUGAAGACGGUGGACUGCGUGGAGCGGAAGGGCAAGUACGUCUACUUCACCGUGGUGAUGACGGAAGGGAAGGAGAUCGACUUCAGGUGCCCGCAGGACGAGGGCUGGAACGCGGAGAUCACCUUGCAGAUGGUCCAGUACAAGAACCGACAGGCGAUCCUGGCCGUUAAGUCCACCCGGCAGAAGCAGCAGCUGCUCGUCGUGCAGAUGCCCGGGCAGAAGACCGUCCGCAGCUCACCGAACGUGGCGUGACCUGCGGCGAGCCCCGCAGACACGAGCGCGAGAUUAGCGGUGAAUCUGACACUCAGCCGAGGAAGAACAUGAACCCGAUUCUUCAUCUCUCCCAGCUGCUGAUCCACUAAGCUCCAUCCUCCAGGAGAACAUCUCCCUCACGUGGACUCCCCAGAUCCAGCAUCCAUCCGUGUCGCCCCCCCCCCCCCCCCCCCCAGACCCCUUACUCUUAUCAAUACAGAGACUUACUUCACAAAAGACUGACAGACUAAAAGCAUGUGAGAAAACAUCUGUAUUCAGCCGCACAAUGGGUUCGUCUUGUAUUUAUUAGAUGUGUAUAUAUUUUUUUAUAAAAAAAAGUUCUGAUGAAUGGUCAGAGUGGCUGUUUCUGAAGUGGAACAGGAAGUAUUCAGGAUGUUCUCGGCUGGAAACAUCCAGUAAACUGGAACCUCAAAGGAACAUUUCCCUAAAGGUUACGAAGCCUUGGAGAAAUGUCAGCGACACGGCGGUCCUUCCUGUGACCUUUGGCAAACAUUGCCCUGUUUGCUGGGAGGAGGAAACCCUUCGGAUGGUUGCUGUAGGUUAGUCAGACCAGUUCAUUAUUGACCGUGGUUCCAUUGUUCAACAGAGCCAAAGACUCAUUUGAUACAUUUCUCUUUUUUAUAAUGUUUCACAUUUUCAGCACAUGAUGAAAUACCUUUCCCUCAUCUAAAAUGUUGUUUAGCUCCAGCGUCCCUUAGUGUUUCCAUCAUGUGAAUUAGCCAUCCUCCGUCCUUUCAUCUGGUUGUGUUUGUUGAGACGUCUCACGGUGUGAUGUUCAUCCUAAGUAGGAGGAAGUGUUUAAGUGAUUAAUCUGUUCAGUGGUUGCACAAAAAGCUUUUCAUCCUCACCGGUUCACUCAAACUCUCAGAGAUGCACCGAUUCUAAUUUGAGAACCGAUAUGAAUUUAUGAUUUUGCCGACACUCAUUUUAGUCAAUUUCAAUUUAUUUAAAAGGAUUAUAACUACCAGAUUUUUUUCACUUUCUGAUUAACUUGAAAAUUACAAUUCUUGAAAACAAGAUAUGCUUUUGCUAGCACGCGUUAGCUAUUAGCAACGGUGAGUUAUGUGUCCAGGAAGAAUGUCAGAUUCUUCCACUGGGCAAUGCUGUGAUCCCUGACGAAUAAUGACAAACACACCCUUCAGAUUUCUGAGUUUCAGAUGAAGACGAAAAGGUUGAAAAUUGGCCAGUUUUGAUAUCGAGCCAAUUUGUUGGUGCGCCUCUAGAAAGUUUCAGAAGCUGAGCUGCUUCAGACACGAUUUCACCAGCUCAGUAACAUGUUUGUUGGAAUUAAAAACAAACCUUAAACAAUGGGAGCUUCAGAAUUUAUAACCUUAGAUCACCUGAUUGUGCUCCCAAACAGCAGAUCUAAUUGUUUUGUUUCUGGGUCAUUACUAUAAAAGGAUCACGGGUAAACUGUUGUGUUUGUCUACAUAAGAGGUGGCAACAAGUGCUAAAUGUGGAUAUUUUAAAGCAUUUUCCCGUGGCAUCCUCUGAUGUCACAUUGCAAAUGAGCACGUUAUCAUCAAAGGGACUUACUGUGGUGCUAAAAUGUUCGUCUGGUUCUGUGGUUAGGAAAAAAAUCCAACUUUCAGAUUCUUUUCUUCCAUAAAAUAACAGUUCCCAUAUUGAUAAAUAGUUCUCUGUGUUAUUAACAGUCAUCAUCUUACCUGCUUAAGAUGGCUCUUAGAAUGACCUCAGUUUGGACAAAUGUAGAGCAGUUCUGACCAGAUUGAUGAGCUAACAGCUAGUCACAGUGUGGCUGGUUAAAUGGUGGAAUUCUGCCAUUUUCAGAAUCAAAUGUCUACAAUGUUGAAAUUGUAUAUUGGCAAACAGCCUGUAAUUGUAUAGCAACUUCUUACGGUUCUACAACCCCCCAACAACACAGUCGGUCAUUCACCCAGUCACACACAUUCACACGCUGGUGGGGAUGAGCUACAAUGUAGCCACAGCUGCCCUGCAGUGCACAGACUUAGGCGAGGCCUGCCGAACACUGGCACCACCGGUCCCUUCGACCACCAGGCAAGGUGGGUGUCUUGCCCAAGGACACAACAGCAGCAUUCUCUUGUGAGAGCCGGUAUCAAACCUACAACCUUCUGAUUACUGCAUAACCCGCUCUACCUCCUGAGCUACUGCUGCCUCUAGCGUAUUCAGCAUGAUUAUUAUAGUGUGAUAUUCCAACUCGAAACCUAAAAAUUGGACUUUGUCUGUGGCGUUGGGGGAUGGGGGUAUGUUUUUAGGAUUAUUUUGUUUUUGAUAAAAUGGGGAAAAGCCCAAAUCAGGGUUUAGAUUUCUGUAUCAGCCCUCAAACCCUGCAUAGGUGCAUCUCUAUUUAUGAGAUUAGAGCGGAGGUGUAAAAUAUGCCACUGCUAGCCUGUAAAUUCAGUAAAAAUCAUCCAUUUCUCCAGAACUGAGGUUGUUCAACAUGUGAAAUAAUCAUUUUUCGCAACCCGUUUAGAGUCUGACAAUUCUAAAGAUCUGAACUGUUAGUUUUUGCUGACUAAUGAUUAUAAUCUCACUCUAUGACCAGAUCUAGAGGAUGUUUAUGAGGUUUAGAAAAUGACUCCCUGUAUUUGUAAAACAGACAACCAGCGAAUCUUGCACAGCAGCAGCGCAGCCAAUCAGAUAUCUUCAAAGCAAAUAUCUGAUCUGCAUUACAUAAUGAAGGAAUGGGGCGGGGGGGUGUGUGUGUGUGGGGGGGGGGGGGGGGGGGAUGAGAAUGUACUUGUAAAGGUGGUUGGACAGAAACAUUCAGAGGAACUUAUCCUGCAACAGGCUCAGAAAUCUCCUGUGAUGCAGCCUCGUGGCACAUUCAGACACAUGUGGCUCACGUUGCUUCCUGUUUCCUCGGACCGUCUCCCACGGCUCACCAGUGCAUCCCAGCCAGCCUGACACAUGCCUCUGUGCUGCUGUCAUCUCCCACACAGGGUCAUAGCUCUGCCCUUUAUCUAAUGCGCCAGUGCGAUCUGACUCUGACAUGCCUUCCUGUUUUCAUCAUUCCUCACACAAUUAUAGCUGUGCCCUUUGUAGCCACUGUCCAAUUUCUUAUUUUGAUGUGAGAUCUAUUUUCAUACCUCAAAAAGAUACAUUCCAUUAAAAUGUCGGACAAAACCA